AUGAGUUUUCAUGAUAUAAAUUUAUUACUUUCUCAUCAAAAGAAUCAUAGAUUGGAAGAAAAUCGGUGCAAAGUCUGCCUACAGAAAAUUGUAAGAAAAAAACCUUCAGUAAAACACACAAAUGACGUCCACCCAAAAGCGAAUCCUUCUACUUGUAAACGAUGCUCUAAGAAUUACAAAACUAAAAAAGUUUUGCUUAGUAAUCUGAAAAUGCAUGCAAAAAAACUGUAUAAAUGUACAAUUUGUCAUGCAGAUUUUACGACUAAAGAAAAAUUAUUGCAGCACAAUAGGGAACACGAAAUUUUACAACCCCCCACUCAAUUCUUGCAACAACAAUCGAUGCAAGCGGGUCCUUCAACUCGAAACGUGCAUCAACCAUGUCUGCAUGCUGAUCAUUCUACUCAAAAUGUGCAAAAAUUAUCAAUGCAAGCUGGUCUUUCUACUCAAAACCUGCAGGAACCAUGGAUGCAAGCGGCUUCAACUGAAAACGUGCAACAACAAUCAAUUCAAUUGGAUCCUUCUAUUCAAAAAGUGCAACAACCAUGGAUACAAGAUGAUUCUUCUAUUCAAAAGGUGUAA